CUACCUCUCACAGAAUACAAGAUAUAGGCUCUUCUAGCAAUUGUCCAAAAAUGAGACAGAUAAUUUGGCAGAAUGUAGGAUUUGACAAUACUUCUGAUGUUAUUACUGAAUUUUUUGAGAUACAGGAGAAGACCCAAUUGAUAAUAGAGUGA